UUUCGACACGAGGAAGAGCAUUUUCCGCCUAAGGCGGGGUCACCAUCUCUGUUGGCAAAGUUUGGCUGUUGAGACUGAGAGCGGUCGGCAAGAUCAGCAUAAGCACAUCGAGCCUAAAUCCCGAUCGUCCGUUUUCCAGCGCUUGCUGUCGUGUAAGCGUGCAGUGUACGUUAGCGUACGGCUGUCGUGAUCUGACUGCAGUCAUGUCCGAAGACCCGAGCUCUCACCCUUGGUCUAUCGACAAGGAUGACUAUGAGCUUCAGGAGGUGAUCGGGAGUGGAGCAACAGCUGUGGUCCAGGCAGCAUAUUGCAAACCCAGGAAAGAGAAGGUGGCCAUUAAACGCAUCAAUCUUGAGAAAUGCCAGACCAGCAUGGAUGAGCUUCUGAAAGAGAUCCAGGCAAUGAGCCAGUGCCAUCACCCAAAUAUUGUGUCUUAUUACACCUCCUUUGUGGUCAAGGAUGAGCUUUGGCUGGUCAUGAAGUUGCUCAGUGGUGGCUCAGUUCUUGAUUUUAUUAAGUACAUCAUUUCCAAAGGGGAGCACAAAUCGGGUGUCAUGGAUGAGGCCAGCAUUGCCACCAUACUAAAAGAGGUGCUAGAAGGUCUCGAUUAUCUGCACAAAAAUGGUCAGAUUCACAGGGAUGUGAAGGCUGGAAAUAUUCUUUUAGGAGAAGACGGCUCUGUUCAAAUUGCAGAUUUUGGUGUUAGUGCCUUUUUAGCAACUGGUGGAGACAUGACUAGAAACAAAGUGAGGAAGACGUUUGUAGGAACUCCAUGCUGGAUGGCGCCUGAGGUGAUGGAGCAGGUUAGGGGUUAUGAUUUCAAAGCUGAUAUCUGGAGUUUUGGGAUUACGGCUAUUGAGCUGGCAACCGGGGCUGCUCCAUAUCACAAAUAUCCUCCAAUGAAGGUUCUCAUGUUAACCCUGCAGAAUGACCCUCCUUGUCUAGAGACUGGAGUUACAGAUAAAGAGAUGGUUAAAAAAUACGGCAAAUCUUUUCGGAAGAUGAUCUACUUGUGCCUCCAGAAGGAUCCAGAAAAACGGCCUACAGCUGCUGAACUUUUAAAACACAAGUUCUUCACAAAAGCGAAGAACAAUGAAUACUUGAAAGAAAAAUUGCUGGACAGGGCGCCAACAAUAGGAGAGAGAUCAAGGAAGGUGCGGAGGGUUCCGGGCUCCAGCGGUCGACUACACAAGACUGAGGAUGGAGAGUGGGAAUGGAGUGAUGAUGAGCUGGACUUGGAGAGUGAGGAAGGAAAGGCAGCAGUAGCCGCUUUACGGUCACCAAGAGUAAAGGAGGAGGCUGUACAAAAUGCUGAGCUCUUUCCAGCAGAUCCAUCAAGCUUCCUGCAGCCAGCAGCUGCAGGACAGUCUGAAGUGCCCCAUGCUGCGGACACUGUCACGAUAUCAGCGUCCUCUCCAGGCUCCCAGGCUGGUGGACCUACUACAACAGGGCAGGACUCAGCCAAAAUCCCCAUCAGCCUGGUACUAAGAUUAAGGAAUACAAAGAAAGAGCUGAACGAUAUCAGAUUUGAGUUCAUGCCUGGGAGAGACACAGCUGAUGGAGUGUCUCAGGAGCUUGUGUCUGCAGGACUGGUGGAUGGGAGAGACUUAGUCAUUGUUGCAGCCAAUUUGCAGAAAAUCGUUGAUGAUCCACAAACCCACAAAAAUAUCACUUUCAAGUUGGCAUCGGGAGUGGACAGCUCUGAAAUUCCAGACGACGUUAAACUCAUGGGAUUCGCUCAGCUGAGUAUAAGUUAAAAACAAAGUAUUACCAGCAACGGGGGAAAAAAACAGACUUGUUUGCACAACAGUGCAUUGUAAAUGCUUUCAUUGGCCUAAAGAAACCACUACUGCCAAAGAGACAGAAGGAACCUGACACUGCAUAGGAUUAACAAAUGUUGAAUAGGACUGCAUCCGAGUUCUUCAUAGGAGCGCACCUCAGAUGUUUACAGUGUUCAUGUAUGUUUUGUUUUCUCUGUUGCUUUAAACAUUUGCACAAUCUGAACCAACUCCUAAUACUGGUAGAUGUCAAAAGAAUGCCUUACUUUCGAUAGUACUACUGAAUUUACACCCGUAGGUAGACAGUAGCUGUGGAUCUCAUCUGUGAAAUGAAUGAGUUACUGUGUGUGCUUUCAGCUGUGUACCUCAAUGGAGGGUGGAGGGGAGGGUUGUCAUUCAAUAGCAUUUGAGGGUGCAUGUUGGCACACCUAUAAAGUCAGCUGUUCAGUACA